GAAAACUUACAGAGAUCCAUACAGGUUGGAAUUAUUAAAAGAUGAUCAAUGCUGGUCAAUAAUCAAAGCUAGGGCCUUUGGAGAUGCAGAAGUACCAGAACCAUUUGAGAAAGUUGGAUAUGAGAUUGCUUGCAAAUGUGGAGGUCUACCAUUAGCAGCAAACAUGGUAGGUGGAGCUUUGCAAGGAAAGGAAGUAGCUGAGUGGAUUUCAGUUCUAGAGAUCGGGCUUUCAAAUCUUGAAGCAAAUCAGAACAUUGUGUUCCAAGUCUUAAAGUUAAGCUUUGAUCGUUUAUCUUCUCCAUUACUUAAAAAAUGUUUUGCCUAUUGUUCAAUAUUUCCUGAGGAUUCACAAAUAGAGAGAGAAGAUUUAAUCCAACUCUGGAUGGCGGAAGGAUUUCUUCUGGAUGAUGGAGAAAAUAAUAUGGAGACUUUAGGCAAUAGAUGUUUUAACAAUCUGUUGCAAAAUUCCUUCCUACAAGAGGCCGAAAAGGAUGACUAUGGAAAUAUCAAAUACUGCAAGAUGCAUGAUCUUGUGCGUGAGCUUGCAUGCUCAGUUUCAAAUUCAGAAAGCUUUAAUGCCGCGGAUUGCUCUACUGAUGUCAUCCCUAAAGUUAGAUACCUUGCAAUGAAAUUGCUGGAAAAGGAACAAGCGAUAACAGAAGAGAAAGCAAAUUAUCUGCGCACGUUUUUCUUGCGAAGGAGAAGCUUACCUGAUAAAAUUUUGCCAUGGUUCAAGCACCUGCACACUCUAAAGUUAUGUGGCACAGGCGUUGAAGUUCUUCCUUCUGCAAUUGGAAAGUUGAUACAUUUGAGAUAUCUUGAUGCAUCCGAAAAUUAUAAAAUGAAAACUUUGCCAGAUUCGAUUUGCAAGCUCUACAAUUUGCAAACAUUAAGGAUUUUGAAAUGCUUUUACUUUCAACGGCUUCCAGAAAGGCUAUCUGACUUGAGUAAUUUGAGACAUCUCAACUUUUAUUUUGAUGGUAGAGAUUUCCAGAUGCCGCCCAAAAUUGGAAAGUUGUCUCAUCUUCAAACAUUAAUGUAUUUUAGAGUGGGUGACGAGGAAGGCAGCCGAAUCGAAGAGCUAGGAUCUUUGAAGAAUCUUACAGGCAAACUGGAUAUACACAAUCUUGAACUAGUGAACGGCAUAGAAGAAGCUAAGAAGGCAGAUUUGGUUGGAAAGCCAAAGAUAAAUAAGUUAGGUUUUAUGUGGACAACAAACAUAGAUGAGAAUGUCUCGGAAGGCAACAACGAUAAAAGUGUCCUUGAAGGCCUCCAACCUCACCUGACUUUAAAGAGCAUAACAAUUAAAGGGUUCAGAGAUACAAACUUCCCAUCAUGGACUAUGAAAAUGGAAGUAUUCCAUGAAUUGAUCGAGAUCAAGUUCAUAAAUUGCAGGAAUUGUGUUGAAAUUCCCUUGUUCGGCCACCUCCGAUUCCUCAAAUAUCUUACCUUAGACAAUUUGACUAACGUGAGAUCCAUAGGUCGUUCACUCUACAGUUGCCAAGAGACAAGAGUAAUGUUCCCAGCCCUUGAAAGGCUCCUUUUAAAGAACAUGCCAAACCUAACAGAGUGGGCGAGAGCUGAAGUGAUGCCAGUGGCAGAAGCACGAACAUGCAGAGAGCAGGUAUUUCCUUGCCUUAAAGUUUUGAAGAUUCAAAAGUGCCCCAAAUUGAAUACUUUUCCAAGUCAUUUCCCUUGCUUGAAAGAAUUGGAGAUUGAUACCAUGGAUAGUGAUUUUCUAUUGACAAAGAUUUUGAGCAGCAGCAACAACCCAACUUCUUUGGAAAAGCUCUCGAUCACGAAAAUAUCAACACUCACCACUCUUAUUCCUCACUUGAAAGGAUGCCAGAAAUAUCUUCGAAUUUUGAUUAUCAUGGAUUGUGAAAAAUUGAGAGAAUUACUUGAUGAUCUACACAGCUUCCGAUCUCUUGAGUCUUUGACAAUAAUUGGAUGUCGAAGUCUGCAAUCAAUUUCUUAUCAAAGUGGACAAAAAGGUCUCCCUUCUCUUCGAAGGUUGGAAAUUUUUUACUGCUCUGAGCUGAGCUGCCUACCAAGUGAAAUGAUUGAGUCCAUCAAGUGUCUGGAGCAUCUACAGAUUCUCAAAAUCAAUUGAUUUCAACUCAUUCCAAGCUGCUUUCGAUGGCAUCCAACAAUCCAAAUCUCUAUACGGAUUGAAAUUAUAUGGUUGGGAACAU